GGAGUGAGGAGUGUCCCGGUGUCCGACACUCAACGACACUACGACAGUCGGUGCCGCAGCCACUGCUCAGUGCACAGUGUCGCGGGGCACAGUCGCACUCCGCAGUUCGCACCAGUUACCAUUGCGACUCGGUGGUGCCGGUGUGUAGGUCGGUGGACUCAUAUGCGGCUAGUCGCUAAGUUUAUUUUAGAAUUUAAAAUUUUUUUCCACAACAGUUCUAGGUAAAUUAACAUCGACCCCAAAUCCCAUUCGUGUUCUCGACAAUAUCAGUAUUAUACGGUGCUAUCGUUCUCAAUAGUCGUAAUAGGGUGGAUUUUCUCACUGAAAUUGCCAUUCUUUUACAUCAUUAAUUGAAGAAUCUAUAAUAAUAUAUUAUACUUUAUUAUAAUAUUAUUUAUUUAAAAUUUAAAUAUACCUAGGUAGUAGGUACCCUAUAGCUAAUAACCAUAAUAUAUACCGAUGGCUUUUCAAGAAUUCAAUGAUACUGGUUAUUGGGGUAAACCUACAGCUACCAUUGAUUGGUGUGAGAAAAAUUACGAAGUAAAUUACUAUGUUGCUGAAAUGUGGAACACUAUCAGUAAUUUAAUGAUGAUAAUACCUCCAUUAUGGGGUAUUUGGGAUAUGAAAAAACAAAAAUUUGCACAAAGAUUUUUUUUUUGUUAUUCAUUUAUUUUGGUGGUUGGUUUUGGAAGUUUGGCGUUUCACAUGACACUUUUGUAUGAAAUGCAGUUAUUUGAUGAAUUACCAAUGGUUUGGGGAACAUGCUAUUGUGUUUAUUGCUUAUCAAUUGUAAAACAUGAUAUGAGAUCUAAGAUUAUUCCGAAUAAACUAUUAUUAUUAACAUUAAUAAUUAUAAGUAUUGGAUUUGCAAUAAUCUAUCUUGCUUGGCCACAACCAUUACUGCAACAUUUUUGUUAUGGUAUACUAGUUGCUAUAUCAUUAGCACAGGAAAUCAAAUUAAUAUUAGAAUUUAAAUGUGCUGUUUGUAAACGUAUGUUCAUGGUCGCAAUAGCGUUGUACCUGUUUGGGUUUUUUUUGUGGAAUAUAGACAAUAUACUCUGCAAAAAUAUUACGAUCUUAAGAGAACAGAUUCCAAUAUUUAUUCAACCAUUCACUCAAAUGCAUGCCUGGUGGCAUAUAUUUGCAGGCUAUGGAGUUUAUAUUCAAGUUCUAUUUUGUAUUCACAGCACAUAUGAUUACCAUAAAAAAUAUAAACAUUCAAGUGUGCUUUUACCAGAGCAUAUGUAUUUUAGUAUACGUUGGCAGAAAACUACAAAAAGUUAUUAACCUUUCAAUAUAUAUCCAUAGUAAACAAAUCAAUAAUCAAACCAUGUAAAUCACUGUUUCCCAACUUUUUUUGUUUUUGUUUAUAUACAAGGAUCACUUUUUUUCACAGAUUUUAGAUUUAGAAUAAAUAAAAACAAUAGGUUUUAUAUCGAUUAGCAGUAGUAUAACAAUAAGAAACAAGUCAUGAUUAUUAUCGGUCUGUGUAAUACUUAUUGUUAUUUACUUGCCAUUAUAUUCGACUAUUAACUGUAAACACAACCCCAUAAAUUAAAAUAAAUUAUAUAUAUAAAUGAAUACUAUUAUUUUAUACAAUUUGUAAAUGAAAAAAAGUCUUAAGUGCCAUGGACCACCUGGCAUCUAUGACAGGCCCAAGUACUUCUGGUUGGGAAACACUGAUGUAUAUAAUUGGAUAGUCGGUGGUUGAAUUAGAAAGGAUGUGGAUGUACAGAGUAUCUUGCUUUUUUUAAAUAUUUUAUUGAAGCGCACCUUUUGAGUUUUUAUAUACUGCAUAAGCAUAGCUGUCUAUAUUUAAUUUUUGUAGCUUGAGUAACUUACUGUCUCUCACAAGUUUCACAAUUAUUAGUUACCUAUAUAACAAGUUGCUUUCAUGAAAUGAUUAAUUAAGGUACAAAUAAAAAUAAAAUAAUGAUUCGUACCUGAAUUACAAGUUAAUACAAGAAAAAAUAAACUUUAGAGUUACAAUGUUUUGUAACAUAAAAAAAUAGCUACCAUCUUACUUUUCUGUCAGGAUGUACACACAUUUGUCAUUUGUAUUACAAUUGUAUAUAUCUUUAUUACUAUUAAGCACUGAGCACAAUUAUAAUUAGUAAAUAAUAUACAAAAAGACGAUCUUUCUUGUUAAAAUAAGUACUUUGAAAUAAUAAUCUCUAUAACAGAAUAAUAGUAUCAAUUAUAUUUUUAUUUUUACGUUAACAUAUUGGGUAUUAAUUUAAAAAAGUUAUUAACUAAUUGCAUUAUCAUUUUUUGAAAAACACAGUAAAAAAGUUCAAAAAGUUCUAUGCAUCGUAAUUAUAGUUUGGAGAUUUAAUAUAGAUAGUUUUUCAAAUAUAAGUCAUCUUAUGAAUUUCCUAGAAUUGUAUUAGAAAUAAUUUAGUUAAUGUACCUAUAUAUUAAAUAAAUAUGUACUUAUUUUGGAUUAUAUGAGCUCUGUUUAGAAUCAUUAGUGAACGCUAUGAUUUUUGGUUGGCUUUACCUUCAUAAACCUACCCUUCAGGUUUCAGUAACUCAUUCUUCUUUUUUCUAAUUGAUAGGAGGUGACUGCUGUUCAUCAGCAGUUAAUGAUCUUGGUCAAUCAACCUUCCAUUUAAGUUCUGCACUUUUAUAACUAAUUUAUAUUUAAAUUAUAAGAAAUAUACUUAUGUGAUAUAUUUAUCUAGUUAAUAUGUAUAUUAUUUAUUCGUUUAAAUUGUAGAUUUAUAGACUAUUUUAAUUAUAUUUGGGUAGUCAAUUAAAGAUAAUAUUAUUUACCAAUA